CUUCUUCACUCUUUCGAUUCGUGAAAGCAGCAGCAUUUGCAAUUGGGUUGUUGUUCGAAUCUAGGGUUCUUUUUUAAGCCCUUCUCUUACAGUUUUCCCUCUUUCGAUCCGUCAUUUUGCGGAGAUGAAGCUCACCGUCAAAACUCUCAAAGGCAGUCACUUUGAUAUUAGGGUUCAACCCUCCGACACCGUUAUGGCUGUAAAGAAAAACAUUGAAGAUGCACAGGGCAAGGACAGCUAUCCAUGUGGUCAGCAGUUACUUAUUCAUAAUGGUAAAGUAUUGAAAGAUGAGAGCACGCUGGCUGAAAACAAUGUUUCUGAAGAUGGAUUUCUUGUAGUCAUGCUUAGCAAGAGCAAAACUGUAGGAUCAAGUGGGACAUCAUCUGCACAGCCUUCAGCAACUGGUGCUCCAACUUCUAAUCCUACUACACCAGCUGAAGUUCCUUCUUCAGAACCGGCCCCUAAGAGUGUAGCAUCUGCUUCUGAUGCUGCAACAGCUAGUGUUCCCUCUGAUACUUAUAGUCAAGCUGCUUCGAAUUUAGUAGCUGGUAAUAAUCUUGAGCAGACCAUACAACAAAUUAUGGAUAUGGGUGGUGGAAAUUGGGACAAGGAAACGGUUACACGUGCACUUCGUGCUGCUUAUAACAACCCAGAAAGAGCUAUUGACUAUUUAUAUUCAGGGAUUCCAGAAGCAGCUGAAGUUGCUCUACCAGUGGCUCAGAGUGGUGGGCCUGCUGCAGCUCAAGGUGCAGUUAAUGCUAUCCCUGUUUCGGGAGGACCUAAUUCAUCUCCCUUGAAUUUGUUCCCUCAGGAGCAGGUUUCUGGUGCUGCUGGUGCUGGUCUUGGAUCCCUUGAUUUUCUCAGAAACAACCAACAGUUCCAAGCUUUGCGUUCAAUGGUUCAAGCUAACCCACAAAUCCUGCAGCCUAUGCUUCAGGAGCUAGGAAAGCAAAACCCCCAUCUUUUAAGAACAAUACAAGAGCACCAUCAAGAGUUCCUCCAGUUGAUCAAUGAGCCUGUUGAGGGUUCUGAGGGUGACAUAUUUGAUGAUCAGCCCGAGCAAGAUAUGCCCCAUACAGUCAGUGUUACGCCAGCAGAGCAGGAGGCAAUUGAGAGGCUCGAGGCCAUGGGUUUUGAUAGAGCACUAGUGAUCGAGGCAUUUUUAGCAUGCGACCGCAAUGAGGAAUUGGCAGCAAACUAUCUGCUGGAGCAUUCAGGCGAUUACGAGGACUGAGUGAUUUUAAAUUCUUAGCUACAUUCUUCAUCAGGCAGAGUUUUUCCCAAGUGAGCUGUGGUUUAGAGGUUGGAGAGAUGUAAAAGAGAUGUUAAUGAUGGUUUAUACUGUACUUCCCCAGACUUUUAACUGCCUUUGUUUUAUCCGCACUCCUCCCACCCUAGAGAGAAAUAUUUUUAUAAUUUUGAUCUAGAUAUGCUAAGGUUGGUUCAGUAUUCAGAUCAGGGAUGCAUCAUAUGAAUACCAUUGAAUUGAAUGAAUCUUAACCAAUAGUUGCUUGAGUCUC